AUGGGCAAGUACAGUCUCCAGCACGGGCGCACCCCGCCGGUCCUUGACCUCACCCCUGAUCGGCAAGCCUCUUUGAUUGCCGAGGUCGAAGCCGUGGUGCAAAGCACGCUGGAGCUCCGUCUGGCCUUUGCCGCUGGCGGACGCCAACUCGACACGUCUGCGUGGAAACUCGUGGCCACGCGGGACGACGUGCGGGCGUAUCGCUCGCGUCGCGCGUUGCACGGCGUCGAUGCAUCAGACUCGCGGCUGGAGACGUCGACUGACCCGCAGGGGUCGUCGUCGUCUUCAAGCUCGAAGUCCACGGCAAAGAACUCCUUACUGGCUGCGUCCGAAAGUGACCGCUCGCGGACGAAACGGGCUGCACGUCCGCCGGCCGUGGUUCUGUCCGGUACGACUGACGGCACGGCCGAAGAUGCGGUCUUAGGGAUGCUCGCGGAUUCCGAGCAGCAUUGUUUAAUGCGGCAGUCCUACCUAGGGACGGAGCUCGAAGACGCUCGGUUACUCUAUGUCUUGGCUCGACCGACAGUCGAGAACCCAUUCACCUUCAUCGGGGUCAAAUGGGGUCGACAGACCUACGGUCGCUUCAGUCAACCUCGAGACUUUGUCUUCCUCGAAGCCACGGGCAUCACCACGGACGCACGAGGUGACGUCGUGAGCUACGGCAUCCGCCAAUCCACGGAUCUGUCGGAUGUGCUCGUCCUGCCGCAAUCGCACAACGUGCUUCGCGGCCACUUGUCCGUCUGUCAGACGUUUGCUGACACGGACGCGGUCGUCGCGGGCUCGCGGCACCGGUCCGUCGAGAUGUUCUCUCGCGCGUUUCUACACUUAGACGGUGGCGUGCCCGUGAACGUGGCGGCGUCGGCAUUCGCUGACAAACUGAUGGCACUUGUGAAUACGAUGGAGUGUGCGACGGCCUAUAAGCUCACGUGGAUGAUGCGGCAGGCGCUUCGCCAUCCACAGCCGGGCGGGCUCGGCGGCUCGGUUUCCCACUGUGCUAGUUGUUCACACAGUCUCAACAGAUUGAGCUUCCUGUUGCUCCAUCGAGGAGGUACGUGUCAGAUCUGCCGUCGCUCGUACUGCGGCAAGUGCUCCGUGAACAAAAAGAUCUCGAUUGGCGUUGGCAGCGAAGUCGUGCAGAAGUCGCUGCUCUUUUGUCUCGAGUGUCUGUUAGAAGCGAAACGCAUCUCGGCUCGAGAGGUGGCGGUGGAUCAGCAGAAGUGGUAG